AAUGUCAAACGGUUUAUUUCAAAAUUGCAACUAUUCCCAACAUUUAAAACCUGGUAACAUUUAUUAUGUGUACAAUCCCGAUUAUCCUAAUGUUUCCAAAGGCCGGCAAUUCUGCAGGUGGACUGCGGAAAGUGACUAUCGGAUGAAAUUAAUAUGCAAUAAUUUUAAUAUACCCUGGAAUUUCAAAUGUGCCCUCGACAAGCUAACUGUAUACGUGAAUCAAUCCACGGCCCAUUCCUAUUGUGGAAACAAGACAUUUAGCGUGGAAUCGACGGGAAAAAGCAUGGCCAUUGAAUUAUCAACCACCUUCUGGUCAUUGGGAGUUAAAUUUCUAUGCGAAUUACAAACGAUCGAAGAAGAACCAUGGGAUGAUCGGAAUUGUAGAUGCGGAUGGAAAAAUCCAACAAAAAUAGUGGGAGGCAUGGAAACUGGAGUGAACGAGUAUCCCAUGAUGGCUGGUCUCGUCGAUCCUUCUCAAAAAGACGUUUAUUGCGGGGGAACCAUCAUAUCGGAAAGAUACAUUUUGACAGCUGCACAUUGCUUGGACAAUAAAAAUACAAGUAACGUGGGUAUACUUGUGGGAGAUCACGAUCUUAGUACAGGUGCAGACACAAAUGCCUCGCGCUUGUACACCGUAUCCAGAUUCGAUAUACAUCCUCUUUACAACAACGAGUCUCUUGAAAAUGACAUAGCUAUAAUAACAACGAAUUCGCCGAUAAGCUUCAGCGAGAAAGUUGGACCGGCUUGUCUUCCGUUUCAACAUCAGUCCGACUCCUUCGCAGGAAGUUACGUAGACUUGCUGGGUUGGGGAACGACAGAAUUUGGCGGAAUGAAAUCGAAAACUUUACAGAAGGUCACGUUAAACGUAAUCACAAAUCGAGACUGUCGUCAAUCGGAUCCGAAUUUAUUAUAUAGCCAAUUAUGUACUUCUGGAGAAAAGAAGGAUGCGUGUCAGUUCGACAGCGGUGGUCCCGUCCUUUGGCAGAAUCCUACGACGAAACGAGAGGUCCUCGUGGGUAUUAUCAGUUACGGAAACGGUUGUGGCAGUAAUGAACCAGGAAUCAAUACACGUGUUGGCACUUACAUAGAUUGGAUUCUUCAUGUGACAUCGGGUACCAGUUACUGCAAGACUGAAUAA